AUGCAAGCAGCGCAGGCGGACCCCGCGACUGCGGUGACCCUGGAGCGCAUAGCGAGGGAGAUAGACAUGCGACUUCUCCGUGCUUCGCAGGACGACCUUGGGCUUCGGGACUUCGCCAGUUACGCUGCUGGCGCAAGACCUAUCAACGAGCUAACGUCCCUUACUUACGACACUCGAGGAAUUGCCGAAAUACUAUUUGCUUCCACUUUCGCGUCCGGAGAGAGGAGGCCUUCGCCCUCCACGGUCCUGAAGCGCAACCUGCUACCAGGGAGCUGCUGGCCCAUGGUCGGGUCAUCCGGGUAUAUCGGGAUCAGGCUCUCGGACCCCGUCCGCAUCAGGAAUGUCACGAUUGACCACUUACCCUCUUCACUCGACCGCGAAUCUCGUACGGCGCCGCGGUCCGUCCUUGUAUGGGCCAUUCUGCCUGUCUCUGCAUCGGUGAAGACCAACGCCGCGACUCAGGUCAAGCGUACGUUCCCGAUCCCAUCCGCGAUACCCACCGGCUUUGAGGCCGUUCCUAUCGCUGAACUGGAAUACGAUGUCUUGAAGCCACAGCACAUUCAGACCUUCCCGGUCGACGACGCCGUGCACUCGCUCAAGAUCGAGGAGGUAGUUUUUCAAGUCUUGACCAACUGGGGUUCGCCCGAUUCGACCUGUUUGUAUCGAGUGCGGGUUCAUGGCGAAUCCGACGGAAAGGAGGAGAACGCAUGA